AUGAACUCGAAACGAAAAGUAAGCGUAAGUUUUGAAUGUAUACAAGAACAAGAACGUUUGGAAACCUCAUUAGAAGCAGUUCCUAAACAAAAAAAACGUUUCCAUCGAUCUUCGAGCAAACAAAACCAUGUUUCAAAAGGACAUGCACAAAAACAACAUCAAGAAAAAAUUCCGUUUUGUGAUGAUAUGACUGAUAAAUUAACUUAUAAAAUUACUGAUAUCAAUCUGGCUGAAUCGGGUAGAAAACUUAUAUCAAUGGCUGAGGCUGAAAUGCCAGGAGUGAUGCAAUUGAAAAAAAUUCAUGGUCCUAAGAAACCAUUGAAGGGUGUUCGUCUUGCUGGAUGUUUACAUGUAACAGCACAAACAGCAGUUAUGAUAGAAGCGUUACGGGAAAUGGGUGCACAAAUUCAGUGGAGUUGUUGCAAUCCAUUAUCAACACAAGAUAACAUAGCAGCGGCAUUGGCUAAAGCUGGAAUAUCCAUUUAUGCAUGGCAAGGUGAAACUGAUGAAGAAAAACUAUGGUGUAUAGAUCAGACAAUUUAUUUUCCUGAUGGUCAACCAUUGAAUGCAAUAUUAGAUGAUGGUUGUAAUUUAACACGAAUCGUACAUGAAAAAUAUCCCCAUUUGACAAGUGGUAUACAUGGUAGUAGUGAAGAGACAACAGCUGGUAUUACAAAAUUACGUAAAUUAUUAAAAGAUAAAAGAUUAAAAAUUCCAAUAAUUAAUGUCAAUGAUAGUGUAACUAAAUCAAAAUUUGAUAAUAAUUAUGGAUGUGGUGAAGGUGUCAUUGAUGGAAUUAAACGAGCUACAGAUGUAAUGAUUGGAGGAAAAAAUGUUGUAAUUAUUGGAUAUGGUAAUGUAGGUAAAGGAUGUGCAAAAGCAUUUAGUGGUUUUGGAGCACGAGUAGUUAUUAUCGAAGUUGAUCCAAUUUGUGCUUUACAAGCUACAAUGGAUGGACAUCAAGUGAUAACGAUGGUCGAAGCAUGUAAAAUUGGUCAAAUAUAUGUAACAGCGACUGGUUCAACUAAUUUGAUUCGUGAAGAACAUAUGAUGGAAAUGUGUGAUAUGGCUAUUUUAUGUAAUAUCGGUUCAGGUCAAACAGAAAUUGAUAUUGCAUGGUUAAAAGCUAAUGCAGUAAAAAUUGAAAAUAUUAAACCACAACUUGAUAUUUAUCAUUUAUCGAAUGGUCGUGCUCUCAUUGUACCAGCUGACGGUCGUGUGAUUAAUCUUUCUUGUGCACACGGUAAUCCAAGUUUCGUUAUGAGCAAUUCACUAUCGAAUCAAAUCUUAGCACAUAUUGAAUUGUUUACCAAAAAAGGUCAAUAUCCAGUUGGAAUUCAUACUCUUCCAAAAAUUUUAUUAACUGUUCAUCGUCCUUUAGGUUCAUCAGCAACAAACUUUACGACAGAAAUACCACCUUCAUCAACAACAAUAGAGGUGUCCUUUUCAUCGUUUACAACAGAUCUAUCUUCACCAUUUACAAUAACAACAUCUGCAUCUAGUAAUCAAUCAUACGCUAUUCCUUUAUUUCAAACUAAGCGUUUGCCUAUUAAUCCUGAUAUUGUCGCACCCGAUGGUUCACUAGUGCGUAAUUUAUUAUCAACAAAUGGUGGUAGUAUGGCACAAUUUGAUCUACCUCCUGGAAUGAUAUCAAAUGCUGUUGAACAUCGAAAUGUUUAUGAAAUAUGGUAUUUUUUAUCGGGUCAAGGAGAAUUUUGGCGUAAACAAAAUGAUAAAGAAGAAGUUGUAAACGUCGACAGCAAUGUAUGCAUUACUAUACCAGUCGGCACACAAUUUCAGUUUCGUACAAUUGGACAAAAAACUCUCGUGGCAGUGGCAAUUACCAUGCCACCAUGGCCAGGAAACGAUGAAGCUAUGCCAAGGCAAGGUAUCUGGAAUGCAAGUUUAACUGGAGUUGGAAACUCAUCAACAAUGUUAUUUGAUUUUAACUAUUUAUUUAUGAGUAUUAUCAUCUUCUUCACUGUAAUAAUAUUCUGA